CGGGCGCCGGGAGAGCCGCCGCGCCAGAGCGCACGCCGGCGAAGAGGCAGGCAGGCAGGCAGGCAGGCAGGCAGGCCGGGUGCCCGUCCGGCAAGAUGGCGCAAGGCGGCCCUCGCCGCCGCGCAGGCUCCUCCCGUCCUCGCUGCCGCCGCUACUGCUUCUCCUCGAGGCGAAGGUUGAGGCGUUAGGCUCGGCCUGCCCCACGGACGGACGGACGGAUCCCCUCACCCAUCGCCGGCCCGGCUCCGAGGGCGCUCGUAUUUGGGCCCGGCGGCGGGCGCACGUGCGCACGGCCGCUGCUUUGUGCGGCUCGGUGGGCUCCUCGCCACGCCUGCUUCGCCCGGGAGAGAAGCGAGGCAGCCGCGCCGGACGGGGCUUCGUCGUCGAGAGAAGGGUUCGGGAGAACCCGCCCGCGGGGAAAAGAAAGGACCUCUCCAAUCUUCCCGGAGCCAAUGGCUCCCCGCGGCUGGCCCUUGCCGCCGCUUUGCUCGCUCGCCUGCCUCCUGGUCGCCGCCGCCCUGGCAGCAGACUUGAGCCGCUCCACGGAACUCUCCUUUGCCAUUGAGCCCGGUGACCACAUAGCUGUGCAGGAGCAGCCGCUGGUGCUGUACUGCCAGGUGGAAGGGAUCCAGCCCAUCAGCAUCACGUGGCGCAAGAAUGGGGUGCUGGUGGUGGACAAAGAGGACUCCUUCACACUCGCCAACGGCUCGCUGUACUUCUCCCACUUCCAGAAACUGAAGGGCGAUGGGUCCUCGGACGAAGGCGAGUACGACUGCAUGGCUCGGAAUCGCUUUGGGAUGGUGGUGAGCCGCAAAGCCAGGAUUCAAGCAGCAACUAUGUCUGACUUCCACAUCCACCCCCAGAGUGCAGUGGUGGAAGAAGGCGGCGUGGCCAGGUUUCAGUGCCAGAUCCAUGGCUUGCCAGAGCCUGUGAUCAUGUGGCAGAAGAACCACCUCCCCAUCAAUACAGAAAACGAGAGGUACACGCUGUUGCCCAAGGGUGUUUUGCAGAUUACUGGCCUGCGAGCUGAAGACACUGGGAUCUUCCACUGUGUUGCCACCAACAUUGCCAAUGUGAAGUUCAGCAGGGGAGCCAGGCUCACUGUGUCAGGUUCUCAUUCUCCCGUGUACAAGGAUCCCAUGAUUCUCGUGGGACCAGAGAACCUGACCUUAACCGUGCACCAGACUGCCAUCCUGGAAUGCAUAGCAACCGGAAACCCCAGGCCUAUCGUAUCCUGGAGUCGACUUGAUGGCCGACCGAUUGGCGUUGAAGGAAUUCAGGUCCUUGGGACAGGAAACCUGAUGAUCUCUGACCUCACUGUGCAGCAUUCUGGGAUAUACGUGUGCGCAGCCAAUAAACCCGGCACGAGGGUGAGGCGGACAGCCCAAGGAAGGUUGGUGGUGCAAGCUCCUGCAGAAUUUGUACAGCACCCGCAGUCUAUUUCCAGGCCCGUGGGGACCACUGCCAUCUUUACCUGCUUGGCACAGGGGGAACCUCCUCCGCAGAUAACGUGGCUGAAGAACGGGCAGAUUUUAGAACCUACGGACCACAUUAAGCUGAAGAACAACAACAGCACGCUGACGAUCUACAGCAUCGGCCAGGCAGACGAGGCCAUCUACCAGUGCAUUGCGGAGAACAGUGCUGGCUCCACCCAAGCCAGCGCCAGGCUGACGGUGCUGUGGGCCGACGGGCUGCCCGGCCCGCCCCAGAAGGUGCGAGCCACAACCGUCUCGGCCACCACCAUCCAAGUGCUGUGGAGUGAGCCUCUGCAGAACACCAAGGAGAUCAUUGGCUACGUCCUACACAUCAGGAGAGCAGCAGACCCUGUGGAGAUGGAGUACCAGGAAGCCGUCAGCAAAAAUACAUUCCAGCAGCUUGUGACUGACUUGGAGCCCUCCAUGAGCUACAGCUUCUACAUAAAGGCUUAUACCUCUCGGGGGGCAAGCAAGGCCUCUGACGUCGUGGUGGUGAGCACGCUAGGAGAAGUGCCAGCCAUGCCUUCACUCUUCAUCAAAGUCCUCAACAGCACCACCAUCCAGGCCACGUGGGAGCCCUCCAUCAAACUGGGCCAGCACGAAGGGUUCAAGCUCUACUACCGCAAAGUCCACCUUCCCCACUUUACUGGGCCCAUGUUCUUGGCCAGCAACAUCACAUCCUGCAACAUUACUCAGCUCGACCCAUCAGUAGUCUACGAAGUCAAGCUCCUCGCCUACAACCAGCAUGGUGAUGGGAAUGCCACUGUUCGCUUUGUGUCCCUUCGAGAGACUGUCGAAAGAACAGGGCUGAACCCACCAUGCAACUGCAUGAAGGAUGGGCAAACCAAUAAGACGUCGGCCACUGGGAUAAUCAUUGGGAUCCACAUUGGAGUCACCUGCAUCAUCUUCUGUGUCCUCUUCCUCAUGUUUGGGUACCGAGGAAGGCUGCUGGUGUGCAAAGAUGUCCAGGAGCAGCUGUCAACCCCACAGGUCCCAAGAAGCCAGAGGAAUGCUGCAGGCCUGACCUCGAACGGAUCUGCUCAGAGGGACAGGGACAACCCAGACGCAAACGGGAAGCAGCUGGAUUUGAAUGAACUGGAAAGGCUCUUUCCAGCCUCGCCUCCUCCACCUGAUCAACACAACAAGGAGAUUGUGCUGGACCAUAUUCCUCCUACCUCACACGACGAAACCCAGACAUCCAUGCUUCCGCCGGAUGACUUCAGCAUCAUCGAAGAGGAGAGCGACACCCUCUUCCAGCCCCCGCCCUCGGGGGCCCCCGGCAGGCCCCCCCUCAACGCCAGCCAAGAUGAGCCAGCUUUGAACCAAGCUCCAACCAAUGAAGGAUAAUUGCCAAGACUUUGAAGACUCUUAAUGGGACCUCGCCAGCCACCAACUCCCCCCCCCCAACCCUACCCCUGGCGAUGUCUUUAAACCGACUCAUCAAUCUCAGGUCAAUUUUAAGAUUUCUGCGAUAUGUUUCUUAAUUUUUUUAUUACAUAUAUAUAUAUAAAUAUAUAUAUAUCUAUAUCGGUAGGCAGCCUUGCGGAAGCUCCAUGAAGUUUUUUCUUCCUGACUUGUCUCAGGCCUCCUAGUACAUUCCUUUCCAGCUGUUCACUCUACAGCUGCUGCGUUUGUGGCUUCUCAAGGCGCCUUCCUUGGCCAACUCCAUAAGACACCGAGAUGGGAACCUCUUAUCGUCUUGGUUCACCAACGUUCAGUCCCUCGUUGGCAGCUUUAGGAUGACUCUUCUCCCACAGAUCUGCCAUUGUGAAAUGUGUUAAGAAUGGGGCCCUCCUCUCUAACACAGCUCCGGGAGAGGGGGGGAAAACGUUCAGGUGCUAAGUUGGUUGGCCAAACUUCUCGGUGCAUUUGACGACAUUUUUUGUCGGAUGUGUUUCAAGUCUCUCUGUCUCUAAUUCUCAGGAUGUUUUGUUGCCGACGAACUAUUUUAAAGGCAAAGCGAGUGUGUCAAAAAGAAAAAGGAGAAAAUAAAAAAAACCCAGGCCUACAAGAAGGUCUACUGAAAAAAAAGAAAGAAAAUGAAAAUACUUGGACUAACAUCUCGAGUAAAUCCAGAACCUACCUCAACCGGAAUUGAAUGUCUUUUAGGAAGAAGCAAAGUAUCUUGUGUCUUCCUUUUGUUUUCAGAACAAAGUAGAGUAGCACUUGGUCAGUACAAGCUGUGGUACUACCUCAGAAGUUCAUACUCCAUGUCUACCAUGUUGGUUGUUGGUUACCUUUUUAUUAUUUUUUAUUUUAAAGUAUUCCUUUAUUGUCACCAUCGUUCCAAUGUAAAGCACUUCCAAAACCUUGAAAGCAAUGUUCUACCUCAAGAAGCUUUUUUGUAGAAGAACCAUGUUGUUGUGUCGUCAGACCACCUCGCCCUCCUUCGCCUCUCUUCCUUCGCUCGGCCCCGAGACUCCAAAAGAGGAAUGACGAUGAGCAGGCAUGGAUUCGUCCCCAGUAGUGGUUGUCGAUGACAUCCCCCCCCCCCUUAGUGUUAUAAACUUGACUUUUAGGCAAGUUGCUAGUUAACUUGUGUAGAGGUUUACUGUGUCAAGAGUUGUUUUUAUAUCAUGUUUGUUUGGUUGUUGUUUUUUUAAAAGGAACUUUAAAGAUUGUUAGGGUUGUAGCAAAAAAAAAAAAGGCAGGGCCACCGGUCACCUAAAGAUGAAACUUUUGCCCGUAAGCGACUACUUAACUACUGGUCACGGGUUACUACUGAAGAGCUGCUCUCUUUCCAGUUUUAUCACUCAGAGCUGGUUCACCACAUCUGUGCAUACUUGAUGACCAGAACAUCAAGUGAGGAUUGAAAACAUCACGUGAUGAUUGCAUGUGCAAAUGAUUUCAUCACAGAGAGAACAGUCCUAUCACUUUGUACAUAAGGCUGUUCAGUGGAAUCCACAUUCUCAAUGUCCAGUUCUUGCCUUAUGCAGAGUACGGCCAGUGAUCCAUCUAGCCCAGUAUUUCUCAACUGACUGGCAGUGGUCAGUCCAGACAGAGGUCACUCCCAGACCUACCGGGGGAUGCCAGGGAUUAAACCUGGAACCUUCUGCAUGCAAAGCAGAUGCUCCACCACUGAGCCAUGACCCUUUUCCUUGUCUUGGAGCAACUCCUCAGGGACUCAGGUGGAGAAGAGUCUUUCUCCUGGUACCAGAGAUCCUUCAUGGUGGGAGAUUGGAUGUGGGGCUGAACGUGGGGCUUCCUGCAUGCGUAACAAGGGCUCUGCAACUGAACGAAGGGCCUGUAAAAUAUAGGAAUAGAAGGAACUACCUUAUACCAAGUCAGACCAUUGGUCCGUCUUGCUCAGCUUGGUCAACACUGACUGGCAGCAGUUCUCUGGGGUUUGACACAGAUGUUUUCCAAGCCUACCUGGAAAGGCCUGGGAUUGAACCUGGGACCUUCUGCAUGCAAGGCAAGUGCUCUGCCACUGAACUAUGGCCCUCCCCAUACAUGCUUGGGAUGAGCUGUAGUUUCUCCCUUCUGUAAGCCAUCAAGCCAAGCCCACUCUGUCCUGUCUGGCAGCAUCUCCUGGAGAUUGCAGGCAGAGAGGAGCCCUCCGGUUUGAGAUAUUUUUAACUGCAGGUGCUAGAAUUUGAGCAGGAGACUAUAUACAUGCAAAGCUUUAGCGCUGAGCAUUUCUCACCCAAAAUGUGGAGUGCCGCACAGGUGCGUGUGUGUGUCAAUUUUUUUUUGGAGGGUGGGGGACAGAAUUGAGGUGGUUCCAAUCUGCUUGGCCACUGUAAGAACAGGAUGCUGGACUAGAUGGGUCGUUGGCCUGAUGCAGCAGGCUUGUUCUUCGUUCCAGUUUUAGCACACAUGCUGUCAAAAGUGUGUGUCCAUGUGAACCAGACCUGUUUGCUAAAAGGUGGACAUCUUCUGCCAAGCCUCAAAGCACUUGAUGCUGCUGGCUGAGCUUCUCAGCAGCCAGCUUCUCUCCUUGUGGAGAUGUCUUCUCCGAAUCUGGCGGUUGCUCUUUAGGUCACCGGUGGUGGCACAGCUGGUUAUAGACCUCAUAUCUGAAGCCUUAGAAUGUAGCGUGUUUUCUCUCUAGGCUGGUGACCUACCUCAGUACAAGUAGUCGAAGCAGCCAUAAGGUUAUGGAAGAAAGGAUGAGGAGCCCCUCUGAUGUGACCGUUGUCAGGAGGAGAAAGGAAGGGGAAAGAUCUCCCCCUCCCCUAAGUCCAUUGAGAUGGGCGGAAGGACUCUGAAAUGCCUGUGGGGCUCCUUUGGGCUGUGGGAGCUCCCUGCAUCUCUCUUCCACGGAAGGAGCAAACGAUGUGUGCAGGAACCCUGUGGACUGCCUCCUUAUCCUCCAGAGAAGCCACUUCCAUUUUCAUGUUUCGUUUCAUUUUUUAAAAAUAAUUCCAAUAGCUAUUUUUAUAUAUGGCGAUGAAAAGAAGAAUAAAAAAAAAGGUUCUUUUGAAAAUAAUAAUGAUUUGUUUGAAGGAGAAGCAGAAGAAAUCAAAGAGGGCCGUGUGGUGAUGAGGGGGAGGAAACCAGCUAACGGUAACAAUGGGUAUUUAAGGUCUUUUAAAAUAAGCUGAUUAAAACAAGACAAAACCCCCAAAUUCUCCAUUAGGAGUACCAGCACUAGGGGAUCAGCUGGCAACUCCCUCACUGCCCCCUACUUCCCAUCCAUCAACUGUUUUGCUUAUGUACAUUAAAAAGUGUAAAUAUCACCGGACGAGGACAGCAGAAGCGUCAACUGUCUGUGAAUAAGUCUGUUGCUUUUGUGAGUGGUUUAUUCAGAACUGGGCAACAGGAGAGGAGGGCAAACCACUGCAGCGGUGGCAGGGUGCAGUAAGAGAGAGAGAGACUAGUGAGUGGAGAAAAGGGUGUCACUCCUCUUUCAAAAACAGGCUGGCCCGUCUAGCCUCAAGCAAGCGUUUCACCCUCACAAAAAGUAGAGAUUGGUGGGUGUCGUUGUCAGAGAAUAUCUGCAGGGCACUGUUGUUGGCUAUCCCUGAUCCACCCAAUAAAUACAUAUCUAGCACCAACUCUGGUUCUUUCUCAGGGAUCCAAGGAUCAUAGGAAGCUUCCUUCUCCCGAGUCGGACACUUGGUCCAUCUAGCUCACUAUAGUCUACACUGACUGUCAAGCAGCUGUCCAGGCUUUCAGAAAGAGGACAUUCCCGGCCCGGAGAGGCUGCUGGGGACUGAAUUUGGGCCCUUCUGAAUGCAAGGCAGAUGCUCUCCUGCUGUGUGAAAGCCCUUGUCUAAAUGAGCUCUGGGAAUUCCUCAGAAAUUCUCAUCGUAGAAGCCCUGUUCAGGGAUUAUUCCUGAAUAGGGAAUGUAAGCACAGGUAGGGGAGAUUAAAGGCAUGCAUGGCAGAACUGCCACCAGCAUGCCUGUGUGGAAUGACCUCUAUGUGCUCCACACCGGCCUCCCCCAAUAUUCCGUAACUCAAGUUUGCAUUCCCUAUUAUGGCACAGCACCUGCAGUGUGGUACAGCAUAGUGACCAGAUAGGAAGCCUGUGGCUCUCCAGGCAGUGCAGGACUCCAACUCCCAAGAGUCCCAGCCAGCAUAACCAAUGGUGAGUGGCAAUGGGAGUUUGAGUCCAAUAGCAUCUGGGGGACAACAGUUUCCUCAUCCUUGGACCAAAGUUGCAGAGAACCAAGUUCUAAUAUUCCUCCGCCCACAAAGCUCACUGUGCGACCCUGGUCCAGCCCAACAUCUCUCAGACUAACCUGGCUCUGUGCAAAAAUAAAAAAAGUGGACUGAACUCCCUGGAGGAAAGUGGGGAUAUAAGCUUAAAAAAUGGUAGUCAAUAUGGUACCCUCCAGAUGUUGUAUGACUACAACUCCCAUCAUCCCUAGCCAUUGGCCUCGUUUGUUGGGGCUGAUGGGAAAUGUAGGCUGACAGCAUCUGGAGGGCACCAUGUUGACUACCCAUAGUUUAAAAUAAUUAUCCCAGUUCCCUUUUGCAGAACAGAUUCCCUAGGUCAAGAGAACACUCAUUAAGCCUGUUUAAGACCAACAUUCAUAUACCCAUGCCCCUUAAAAAAACUUUGAUCCCCUUCACUUCAGAAGCAGUUUCUAGUGUUGCUUCUUUGAUGGAAGCAACUGCCGUUCAAAAUGGACGCUGUUUCUCCCUCUUCUCCUGCUCUCUGAAGGCCCAGUUCCUACAGCCAGAAGAGGGGAUAAGUGAAUCCAAUACGUUCUAGACUCAAUGCAGCCAGUAUUUGGUGUUCCUCCAUCUUGUCACCAGCACACUGUCGAACAUGGCUUAGUUCACACUGUAUAGCUAAGAAACACAAAGAAAAUGAACAUUUAUUUUGAUUGUACAUCACUUGAUGACAUCUGUGUCAGGGCGACCUCAUCCAAUGAUUUAUUUGUUUUUUUUAACACGAUCUCUCUUCGUAAGCGAUGUGAAGUCUCAGAUUUAAAUAAAGGAUCAUUGCCAAAGCAAAAUACGUACUUUUUAGACUAGUUUUGGCUCCAAAUCCCCAGGGCUGUAUGAACCUGCUAUUAAUUUAAUAUCAUGUUAUUGUGAUAUUGUAAACAAAUAUUUGUCACUGCUUCCUUUGAUUAAAAGGGAAAACAUUGUGCCAUUUGA